UUUCUGAAGGGACUGAAGAGAGAUAUUAGAGCUGAAUUGAAAUUAUACAGUACCAGAACUCUAGCUAAGGUCAUGGAUGUAGCCUUGUUGAUUGAGAAUAAAAACAAUGAAGUCAUGAUAAAGAAGAACAAAGAAGAAGGCAAGAAGAGGUGGAAUGGGAAAACUGGAUCUGAGAAUCAACAGCAGAAUUGGGGAAAUAGUAAUAAGUGGAGGAGCAACCCUAAUGCUACCCCAGGUUAUGGGAAUAUCAUACAGGAGAGUAAACCACCUGACAAUGCGAUAACUCAGAAUGUUAAGCACAAUGGCCCCAGAUUAUCACAAAGUGAAUUAUUAGAAAGAAGCAGGAAAGGCUUGUGUUUCAAGUGUGGGGAAGAUUGGAGUAAAGGACAUGUAUGCAAGAUGAAGAAUUAUAGAAUGAUGUUAGUGGAACAAUCUGAGGAGGAGUCUGAAUCAGAAGCUGAAUCACUGGAGCAUGGAGAUGAUAAAACUAUACCUCUGGAAUUGAAGACUAUGCAGUUAUCUAUGUUAAGCAAAGAGGGAAUACCUUCUCUGAAAACAUUUAAGGUAAAAGGGAAAAUGAAGUGGCCUGAUGGGGAACAAACAGUUAAUGUACUUAUUGAUAGUGGUGCAUCGCACAAUUUUAUCUCACAAGAAUUGGUGGAAAAAGGAAAGAUACCUUAUA